AUGGUGCUUGCUCCAGAUGCAGUUGUCAUGGAGAUGGAGAUGAGCUCAGCGUCCACCGCUAGUGGCACUGUUACCAUGGAGAUCUCCGCUGCUGCAACAGCCUCAGCGGAGCGGCCAGAGCUGGAGGAGUGUGCUCAGCAUCAUGGACAGCGCCGCGCCGGAGCUGCAUUCCAGCACCGAAAAUACCGAAUCCUGAUUGUGAUCGGAGAGAUUUCCAGCAGCCAUCACCUGGAAGCUGCCAGGCAACAGAUCACGCAAGGUUUACGUUCCUGGAACGUUGAUCCGUCUGUUUUUGACCUGAACAAGGAGCUGCAGCUGUUUGAGACCAGACACACGGCUCAGUUUUCCUCCCAAGUCAAAGGCCAGCGAAUUCUCCAGUAUCAGAGUGAUGACCUGGAGACCGUUGUGCUGGUGAACCCGUCAGAGGAGACCGCUUCUUCAGAGACUCGCGCUCUGAUCACAGACUCUGCUGUGAAUAAGCUGCUGAUCCUGAGCGGCCAGUCCUCUGAGCAGGGAGGUGACAUCCUUGUGCAAGGUGGAGCUUUCACCUGGGAACAUUUCUCUAGCAUCAUCUGUGACGCUGAAGUGAUUGAAGCCCUAUCCAGGAACUCUGAAGAGCACCCAUCUAAGCUUACGGUUUCCUGUCAGGGAGACGGGGGCUGGAGCUCCCUGGGCCACAGCCAGGAGCAGCAGCCUCUUGAAAACCUGUUGGAGUACCGAUUGAACCCUGAACCCCAUCUCCCCGACAUGGACGGAGUGACAGAGUUCACCGAGUACGUCUCAGAGACGGUUGAUGUUCCAUCACCUUUUGAGCUCCUGGAGCCACCGACCUCAGGAGGGUUUCUGAAGCUUUCCAAACCUUGCUGCUACAUCUUCCCUGGAGGCAGGGGGGACUCUGCUCUGUUCGCUGUCAAUGGAUUCAACAUCCUGGUGGACGGAGGGUCGGACAGGAAGUCCUGCUUCUGGAAGUUGGUUCGACAUCUGGACAGGAUUGAUUCUGUGCUGCUCACCCAUAUUGGUGCAGACAACCUCCCUGGCAUCAAUGGGUUGUUACAGAGAAAGAUUGCGGAGCAGGAAGAAGAGAAGAACCAAGGAUCGGGCUCCAGCAGCAAUGGGGACUGGAUGAAGAACCUGAUCUCCCCUGAACUAGGGAUUGUGUUUUUCAAUGUCCCAGAGAAACUUAGGAUGCCUGAAUCCACACUAAAGGUGAAGCGAAGCAUUGAAGAAGCCUCUCUGACACUGCAGUAUCUCAACAAGCUUGGUAUUACACCAGAACCUCUUCACAGGGUGGUCAGCAACACCAUCGAACCCAUCACACUCUUCCACAAACUAGGCGUGGGAAAGCUAGACAUGUAUGUCCUAAACCCUUUAAAAGAAAGCAAAGAGAUGCAGUUCCUGAUGCAAAAGUGGGCCGGGAACAGCAAAGCCAAGACAGGCAUUACGAUGCCAAAUGGAAAAGAAGGAGAAAUAUCUGUCCCCUACUUGACAUCGGUUACAGCUCUAAUUGUUUGGAUUCCACACCGUCCAACAGAGAAGAUAGUCCGAGUUCUGUUCCCAGGAAAUGCACCACAGAAUAAAAUUUUUGAGGGCCUCGAAAAACUGAAACACCUGGACUUCCUGCGAUACCCAGUGGCCACUCAAAAAGACAUAUCAUCUGGUGCACCACCUCCGAUCAUCAAACAAACUAAAAUAAGGUCAAGGACGGACAGCAAAGAGAGUCUCAAAUCUUCCCCCAAACCUCACUCUAAAUCAACUAAGAAAGACACCAGCGGCCAAGAGGAAGACGCAAAGAGUGACACCACUAAAGAGAAUAAAGUUGAAAAGAAAGAGGAGAAGAAACUUAAGAGUGAAAGUCUAAAAGCCACAAAACAGCAGAAAAACAAUGCGGUGGCGCCCGGGGCAGACAAGACGGACAAAAAGAAGAUAUCCAAGGAAAAAACUUCCAAGCCAGAGAAAGCCUCCAAGAUGGAUGAAAAGAAAGACAAAGAGAAAAAAGAGCUAAAAAAAGAGAAAGUAAAGAAAGAUGAGAACAUAAGAAAAGAAGAGAAAAAAGAAAGUAAAGCUAAAGAAGACAAAAAGAAAGAUGUGAGUAAGCCUGAGCUGAGAAAAAUCACCAAACCUGACUUAAAGCCACUCACCCCUGAAGUGAGAAAAACGUUGAACAAGGCCAAGACUCAGGCGAAGCCCAAGACUGACAAAAAUAAAGCAACUAAGGAAGCAGCAAAUGGGAAAAAGCCAGUUGCUAAGAAUAUCCCUGAAGAGGUUGCAGCAGCAGCUCUGGCUGACAGGUCCAUCAUGUCUUCACCUGAAGACCUCACAGAGGACUUUGAGGCCCUCAAACAACAAGAGAUGUCCAAACACAAAGCUGAGCCUACUCAAAACGAUAUCACUUCUGGGCCAUCGGCACUAACAGAUGCCAAAGUUUCUUCCUCGGUUUUGCCUGAAGAAAAGGCUGCGUCUCCAGCCACUGAGAUACAAGCCGUUUCACCGAAAUCCCCUGUCAAACAGGAGGAAAACAACAAAGUGAGUAGUCCAUCAGAACAGGCUGCAGCUGCUCUGCAGGAGGACACAAGUUUUGGGUUUGACAAGAAGUACGAGGAGGAAAAAAUGGAGAAAUAUGACAAAUACUCUGUAAAGGACAGCUUAACAGACAAAUCCAAGAAGAGUGAGAGCUCAGAGGAAGAGGGCGAUGUCAUUGAGAAAGCUGAACAUGAAGAAACAGAAGAUGUUGAGAUCCAGAAACACAAAACAGAGGAAAUGAAAAAGGACAAACCUGGAGAGGAGUGGUAUGCUAAACCAGCCGAGCAAACACUUGCAUCAGCUGCAGUGCUAAUAACAGCCUCUGCCUCAGAGCAGUUCUCCUUCAUCCAAGAUGAGACCAUCCCUGGUUACUCUGAGACCGAGCAGACGCUCUCUGAUGAGGAGAUCCAUGAUGAAGUGGAGGACAGGAUCCCACCGCUACGCUAUGAUGUUGGGUCUUAUGAUGUCUCUGUUCCUGACGUUCCUGGCACAUUUGACUCCAUGCACGGUAUCAAAGAGAUGAAGAGCUCCAUAGUGUCUGAUACUGCAGACAUCAAGCCCAAAGCCUUCGUAGGCCAUGAGCCUGAACUUGCACCAUACCCUGCCAUCAUUGCUGCUCCUCUUGCCGAAGAAGAGCACAUCUCCUCUGCAACAUCCAUCACUGAUUAUGACAAGCUUUCAUCCUUUGCCACAUCAGUGGCAGAAGACCAGUCGAUCGCCUCUGUGACGGCUCCUCAGACUGACGACUUUGGAAGGAACUCACUCCUGCUGGACACCAUCAACAAUGCCCCGUUGCGUGCAGACAUCAUCCAAGGUAAGGACUAUCUCCACUCAGCAGGAACUAUCUCUCCAACCUCCUCUUUAGAGGAUGACAAGUGCUUUAAGUCUCCUUCCUCUGAUGAAUACCAGCCCAACAUUCCAGAGAUAGACGGUGAUGCAAAGAUCAAAUCAGUCCAUGAAGAAGAAGAUGAUGAGGAAGAUGAAGAUGAGGACCAGACCCCAAAUGUUGACAUCCCUCUGGGUAAACUUCAAGAGGGAUACGAGCAUGCAGCCACCCUGUUGCGCCAGGAGAAAGAGAAGUCCCCUUCUCCCUUCCUUAACACACAAUCUGCAAAAGAAAAAGAGUCUCCCUUCAGUCCAGAAGGAUUUAAAACUGUUUUGGAUACAAAACCCGUCUCCCCACUUCCAUCGUUAUCCCCUGGGUUAGAGUCCCAUUCCAGGCAGGAGAGUGAGGAAAGAUGCUUAAGUCCUGAUGACAGCACCAUGAAACUGGCGUCACCCACACAGUCUGUGCCAACAAGCAGCAGCUACUCUCCAACCGAAGAGAAACCCCUUAAAGACGAAGACAAAGAUGAAGCUGUGAUUGACAUGAAAGCUGAUGCCCUGAAAGCUGACAAAUCAGUCACUAUCUCAGACAACACCUCCUUUAUCGCCCUGACAGGAGACAAGACCGCAUUUGAAGCAUCUGAGGAAUCUGAUGAAGACAGUGAAGAUGAAUACUUUGGCAAAAAGGACUUACAGCCUGCUGUAAAAGCAAAGCUUAUGGAGGCAAAAGAGGGGUGCUUCUUGGAUGACGACUUCACAUUCGAGGCAAAAUCUCAACAGAAAGAAACAGAAAUCAAGAAUUCAGAGAAGAAACAGGUGCCCUUGAGUGCAGUGGAGAAACCAAAAGCUCCAGUGAUGUACUCAGAUGAAGAAGAAGAUGAAAAUGAUGAUGACUUUCCAAGUGGGCUUGGAGCUAAGCCCUCUUCGACCGAUCAAGACAAAGUGGAUUUUAAGAAUGGCAGCACUGAGAAAAGAGACACUGCCGGUAAUGAAGCUGAGAAAAGUGUGCAUUUCGGUCUUUAUGAUUAUCCUGAGAAGGAAAGCAAAGAAAAGGCUGUAUAUACAAGACAAGACACUCCCUAUGUGCAUGGCAAAACAUUCUCUUACGGUGACAUGUAUGACAGCAAAACAAGCUCAGAGGACUCUGAUUAUUAUCGUCAGGAAUCUGAGGAUAAGGAAGACAGAGACACUACAAAGGUUGAAGUAGAUCUCAAGAAACAGGAGCCUCCACCAUCGGUCAAAGUCAUGGAUAAUAUGCCAAAAAAUGAGGAAUUGACUGGCUCUUGUGGAAAAGAAUCAUCCACCUCUUCAGGGCUCGAGUAUAGGAGCACUUCAGCCUCAACUCCAGCUGAAAAAGAAGCCAAAGACAAGGACACAUUUGGGCAAAGUGAAGGCAGUCCUUUCCCACUGGGGGAUGACAGACCUGAGGCCUCCACAAUUUCUUUCUCACCAGGAAAGGACUCUCCUUUCUCAACAGGAAAGGACGCAACUUUCUCACCAGGAAAAGAUGCAAUUUUCUCACCAGGAAAGGUUGCAACUUUCUCACCAGGAAAGGAUGCAACUUUCUCAUCUGAAAAGGACUCUACUCUCUCACCAGAAAAGGACUCUUCUUUCUCAUCUGAAAAGGACUCUACUUCCUCAUCUGAAAAGGACAUAACUUUCUCACCAGAAAAGGUCUUCACUUUAUCACCAGGAAAGGAUUCUGCUUUGUCACCAGGAAAGGACACUACGUUCUCAUCAUGGAAGGAUUCUGCUUUGUCACCAGGAAAGGACACUACUUUCUCAACAGGAAAGGACACUACUUUCUCAACAGGAAAGGAUUCUGCUUUGUCACCAGGAAAGGACACUACUUUCUCAACAGGAAAUGACACUACUUUAUUUGGGAAGGACACUACUUUCUCACCAGGAAAGGACUAUCCUUUCUCACCAGAAAAGGACACUACUUUCUCAACAGGAAAGGAUUCUGCUUUGUCACCAGGAAAGGACACUACUUUCUCAACAGGAAAGGAUUCUGCUUUGUCACCAGGAAAGGACACUACUUUCUCAACAGGAAAGGACUCUAUGUUCUCAACCGGAAAGGACACUACUUCAUUUGGGAAGGACACUACUUUCUCAACAGGAAAGGACACUACUUUCCCGCCAGAAAAGGACUAUCCUUUCUCAUCAGAAAAGGAUUCUACUUUCUCACCAGAAAAGGACUCUACAUUCUCAACAGGAAAGGACACUACUUUAUUUGGGAAGGACACUACUUUCUCAACAGGAAAGGACACUACUUUCCCGCCAGAAAAGGACUAUCCUUUCUCAUCAGAAAAGGACUCUACUUUCUCAACAGAAAAGGACUCUACUUUCUCAACAGGAAAGGACUCCACUUUCUCAUCAGAUAAGGACUCCACUUUCUCACCAGAAAAGGACUCUUCUUUCUCAUCUGAAAAGGACUCUACUUUCUCAUCUAAAAAAGACAUAACUUUCUCACCAGAAAAGGUCUCUAGUUUCUCAACAGGAAAGGACUCUACUUUCUCACCAGGAAAGGACUCUACUUUCCCACCAUGGAAAGACUCUACUCUCUCACCAGAAAAGGAGUCUACUUUCUCAAAAGGAAAGGACACUACUUUAUUUGGGAAGGACACUACUUUCCUGUCAGGAAAGGACUCUCCUUUCUCAUCAGAAAAGGACACUACUUUUUCACCAGAAAAAGACACUACUUUCUCACCAGGAAAGGACUCUGUUUUGUCACCAGAAAAGGACUCUACUUUAUUAGGGAGGGACACUACUUUCUCUUCACAAAAAGACACUAUUUUCUCACCAGGAAAGGACUCUACUUUUUCACCACAAAAGGAGACUACUCUUUCAUCAGGAUAUGACUCUAUUGUGUCACCAGAAAAGGACUCGACUUUAUUUGGAAAAGACUCCACUUUGAAAGACCAGAUUGAGAGCACAACAUCUCUGUUGUUUGCUAAGACAUCCGACAAACCAGCUGUGUCAAGCUUCAAUGAAAAAGGUGCUUGCUUAGAGAUCGAUAUGCGAAAACUAACUGCAAGGGAUGAGGAGGAUUAUGAUGAUGAUGAAGUUAUUGGUGAAGAUGAUGAGGAAGAGGAAGAUGAAGAGGAAGAGGAUGAAGGCAGUAUUGAUUCUGAUAUGGAGAAAGGUGCCAAAGAGAGGUCAGAGAAGGAUGUAAAAAGCCCAGUCAGUGAAAUGUUUGGGUCAAACAGGCCGGAGUUUAUGAUUUCUAUGGCUGGAUAUGGCUACAACAGUCAGGGGAAGCCAAGUAUGUCAGAACACAGCUCAAGCUCGCUCACUAAGGCUGACAAUGAGGCUAAGACUGACUCCUCACCUGGCAGUGGAAAGCCAGUGGAUUCAGGUGCAACAGGUUUCUCUAGUUACUCUUCAGGGUUAGAAUAUCCCUUUGAAAGAGAAAAGAAAGAAUCGUUUUUAUCAAGUCAGAUUGAAGACAAAGACGAUUUUACUUCGAAAUCAACAGUUGACAGUUAUUACCAGAGCAACAGUGCUGACCCUGAAUUUGAGAAACAGAAGACGCCAGAUCUUCUGAGUAAGAGUUCACUGGAUACAAGCUUUCAGUAUACAACCACAGCUGCUCCUGGAUACUCCUCCUCUUCAGCCUACAGCUACUCGUCCUCCACCUCAGGCUCCCUCUCUACCAGCCGUCAGUUCGGAGAGGAGCUGGAGACACCGGCCUCUGCCGAGCCUCCCUUUGAGUACUCCUCCUUCAAGGAUGAACACUCACUGGUCAUGGACACUCCCUUCUCCAGCUCAGCUGGCACCAAAGACGACUAUCUGGAAGUUUCCGAGAAACAAAUCACUGCAACGGCCACAGCAGAGUCUACUUCCGGUUUAGCCCGCUUCUCACCCCUCAGUCCUUUUGAGGAGGUGAAAUCCUUCCCCUCCCUCUCAUCCACUGCUGUUGCUGAAGACAAGAAGCUCCAUGCCACUCCACUAGGUGCAUUUGCAGAUAAAGGUCCUCGGUCUGAUUGUUUUUAUAAGCCUGAGUUGCCUGAACGGAGCAAGAUAGACUCAGCUCCUGGGUUUGGGGCCAUGGCAAAUCCAUUCUCUCAACUCCCAGACUUCUCCACAGACAAAGAGGCUGCCAGUGCUGCCCUGUUUGGUUUCACUUCUUCACCCCGACCAGACAUCGAAGGCAAGCAUUACUUUGAAGAAACUGACAGCAGUGAAGAAGAGGAUGAGGAGGCAUAUAUGCGUGAAAUGACUCGAAGGUCUCCCUCCAGUGGCCCGAUUGGUAGUCUGUCAAGUUCUGAUAAACCCCUUGGUUCAGUGGUCAGUGAAAAAACAGGCAGUACACUUCCAGAUGUUCUUGGCUCUUACAUGCCUUCAACCCUCAAGGCCAGUGAAGCAGACACAGCAAAUGGACCCACUGAGGUCAGCGCAACCCCCACCCUACCUCCGGGGGCAGCAGCUUCAGCCUUAAGCAGGGUGGAGACCAGAGAGGGGGCAGCAGGUUAUGUCAGGAGUACAUAUGAGUGGGAAAUGCCAAAACCUCAGAUGGCCAUGGUGCCUGGAGACUCCCCUCCCCAUUAUCGCCACGAUGAUGACUUUGAAGAGGAGUGCGAAAUGGAACCGGAGCAUCCUGCUCGCCCACUUUCACUCUCUUCAAAAGAUCAGCCAUUCCGCUCACCAUUCUUUGCAGAGGAGUGCAGCCGAGGCGAGCAGGACGACGAUGACAGCGAUCUGGAUGUACCCAUGGGAGCCACCUCCUCUUACACCAGCCGCACCUCUCCUGGAUACUCAUCCUCUGAGUACAGGCAGCGCAAAGAGGACCUGUCACCCUCCUUCAUCAACCCCUCUAUGCGUCAGCUUUCUAGCGAUGAGGAUGAUAAAGAGGAAGGACACUGGAGUGAUCAGUCACAGGAGGGUGAUGAACAUGAUCUUUCGGUCAAGAGAAGGGUUCACAAACAGCCCCAUCAUCACCAGUCCCACCAGCCUGGUGGGUUACCAGCAGGAUUGGGCCUGGCCACAGAGGACACCCCACCUACCUCUGUCAGUGAGUCCCUGGCCUCUCAGUCAGACUCUGAUGUGCCUCCAGGCACUGAAGAAUACCCCUCAGUUGCUGGUGAAGGCAAUGUAGACUCAGAUGAAGAUGGCGAAUACAUGCCCGUUGACAAAUCAGCCAAAGGAGGAGCUGUCCAUCAUUCUGCAUCCAGGGGGAGUCAUGAUCCUCCCCCUGCUCCCCUCAUGGACCCUCACCCUCACCCCCCUCAUCCUGAUGUUUGCAUGGUGGAUCCUGACUCCUUGGAUAAGGGCCCAACGAAGAAAGAACCAAAAGCCAAAGGCUUAAAGAAGGCCUCAGGGAAAACCAAAUCAGCAUCCCCAGCUAGACGCAAGAGGUCGCCAAUGCCAGUCAAACAGACGCCUUCUCCCCGCACUGCCUCACUUAAGAAAAAAGAGGCUGACAAGAGCUCUCGUUUGUCUCGUCUGUCAGAUGGACAAGGCUCUAAAGAUGAUGACCUCUCCAGAUCAAGCUACAACCCUGGAAAAGGGAUGACAAAUGGUGUCAAGAGCAGCUCGGGUUCUCAAAAGUCUGGUUCUCCAGCUGCUUCUGGCCUUCCUAUUUAUGUGGACUUGGCCUACAUCCCUAACCACUGCAGUGCCAAGAAUGUAGACCAAGAGUUUUUCAAACGCAUUCGCUCUGCAUACUACGUAGUGAGUGGAAAUGACACUGCAAGUGGUGAACCGAGUCGAGGAGUGCUCGAUGCUCUGUUGGACGGCAAGGCUCAGUGGGGAUCCAACCUUCAGGUGACGCUGAUCCCCACCCACGACAGCGAGGUGACCCGUGACUGGUACCAGCAGACGCACGAGAAACAGCAGGAGCUCAACAUCAUGGUCCUGGCCUCCAGCAGCACCGUCGUCAUGCAGGACGAGUCUUUUCCAGCCUGCAAGAUUGAGUUUUAAGAUCCCCUUUCACCCCUCCUUUCCCUCCUUAUGGCCUCCGUGGUGUAGAUCUUUAAUUCCUCGCUGUAACCUGAUAUGGAAAUCUGUCUUUGUUCUGGGAAUUUGUAUUGUGUGGAAAGCAGAAACAGAUCUGGAUAACUUUUGUUUUUAUUUUCAUCUGUACUUUUGUUUGUUUCUAAGCUUGCCACGGCUGUCACCAUUCAUAUUACAAAGUUAGAUUUGAGCUUUCCAUCCUUCACUACACUACUAACUAUAAUUCAGUUCUGCUUUUCUGUUAGAUUUGAUAAAUAAUGCUUUGUUGUUCAUCUUUCAACUGGCUAUGAAAGUACAAUACAAGUUCAGAUACCUUAACGCCAGCACCAAACCACCAACUCCCAACUGAACCUCUCGUUGGAUUGUCCAGACCUAUUUACUUUACUUUCCUCCACUUUCUCAUCAAGUUUCUUUUGAAACAAUGACGUUGUUGAAUUUCGUGCCUCCCACUGACCUAAGUGAAUAGAAAAAGUAGAUCCCAGCGGACCUCUCAAUAUGUCUUUGGAGUAUAUUUGCUGUAGCAUAGGAAGCAUAUACAAAAAUAUGUAUUGUAGUGAAUUAUAAUAUUUCUACAGUUCUCUUAAACAAUCGUUACAGUAAGAAUUUGUCAGUGGCUGUCAUUUCUUACAGUGAACUAUCAAAUACGUUCUCUAUAACUGUCUGUAGUCUAUGAUGCAUUUUUUCAACGUACUUGCAGUUAACAUAUCGUCACAGAAGUCAUGUAGACAGCUGUAGGCCGUGAUCCAAGUCAAGAAAGUCUACAUCUUUAUAUCUUUACAUACAGAAGAGCACUCAUCAGCUCAUUAGAGUGAAGUAGAUGAACCUCAUAUCAGUGGCUGUGUCACCACAAAAGCUGUGUUAAAGAAUGAAGAAUGUAUUUCACUACAACAACAGGAACAUGUGGUUGUGUUUGCCCGAUGAACGAAGAUGUUGGCUGCUUUGGUCGAUGUUGGAGGUUAGACUGUCACCCACAUGUGCCUUUCUGUCCUGCUGUGCUGGAGAGAUGAAUGAAAGGUGUGAAGUACGUCGUCUACCGCUCUGUCGCAGAGGCUCAAAUAGCCGCUGCUGUUGUGAGUUUUCCUUUUUUUACCUGUCAGUGAGAUUGUCAGCGCACCGAAAGGUCAGAGUUGUACAUAGCAAGCAUAAGAUGGCACUUUUAAAGCACCAACUCAGUAUUUCAGCUGCCACUCAAAAAAGCACAAGGCUAAAAAGCGUGCAAGACUUCAAUCUGUUUUUGCUUUGACAUAUUUACCAACAUGAGGGGUGUGAUUACAGCAUUUCCCCUUAAAGACCUGUUUGGUUUUUGACUUUGUCAUUGGAAUGACAGUUUUCUUUAGCCUGGCCAGCCAUACCCAUUUACUUUGGGGAAUUUCUGUUAUGUGAAAAGAACCUGGUUCCUCCUUCAAGGUAAAAGCCAUUUCCACAAGUACAGAACCCACCGGUCCGAUCCCAAAGGAGUGUGAUGACUCAUACUGCAUCAUCCAAAAAUCACUAUUCAAAACAACCAAGAUGCCUGCAGGAUUACUAAUAACAUCUGGGAUCAACAAGUUUUUUACUGUAAAGCCGUCAACAGUCAUUAACAGGGAUUCCUACUCCAGUCCAAACUAUUUUAAAUGUGUUUUGCUGAUAGUCAUCUUGUUGUUGCUCCAUGCGCGUCAUCUUUGAUUGGUCCGAUUGGUUGUCUGUCUGUCCAAUGGUAUCCACAGGGAAUUUCUUAUGCGCCUGUUGGGAAUCGAAGUGGAAUCCAGAGGAAGCAGAAUAAUUAUUUGUAUGGAAGAGUAAAGAAAUGAGGAUGCCUGACCAGGCUAAGUUUUCUUAAGUCAAAAUUUAAUGAUUACUUUUAAAAACAAAUGUUUCGUGACUCAAAACAUUUUUAAUUGCAAAUGUUUUAGUUUGAUUGAAUUUUAUAUUUGAGGUUUUGACCAAUUUGAUACCAAGAGCAAAAACCAACAAUCUAACAAAUGUAAGGACCAACAAGCCUCAGCAGUGGGGCUAUUUUAUGAUCGACAAUGAAGCUGCAGCUCUUCUUCUUGUAUUUGAUUUAACCUCCUCAGCUUAUCUAUUGAUGCAUGUGCAAGAGAUGUGUGUACAAAAAAACCUAUUGCUCUUUACUAAAGCAGAGGGCUGCAUAGAACCUCAGAGGCUCCAAUCGAUUUGAAUGUGAAGAUGCAGACUAUACCUUUACGUUCUCUGUGGAGGACUUCCAUCUCCUGGUUGCCUUGGUUACCUUCUACCAUACAGUACACAUCGGUGUCACUUGCAGAAAUAACCUGAAAUACAUCAUACAACUCUGUGCAGGGAAGAAAACUACCCAUGAUACACUCUGACAACCACCAUACCCCUCUGAAAAGUCAAGUGUCAUCAGCAAAACAAGUACACACUGAAGCGACAACGAUGUUGAGAUUCAUAUUUACAGGUCAACUGUUUCUUUGUUAAUGCACUGCGCUGCCCAGCCAGAUAAUAAUCUGCAUUCCUGUUAAAUAUAUAUGUAUAUAUAUAUAUAUAUAUAUAUAUAUAUAUAUAUAUAUAUAUAUAUAUAUAUAUAUAUAUAUAUAUAUAUAUAUCACUGUAGAGGAUGAAUAUAACAGUAAACAAUCAACACUACUCAUACGUGAGCAGACCACUCACAAUCCAGACUGCCAGACACGAGUGACUCAGUUCACUCAUGUCACUGCAUUUUUAUCCGUAGUAGAUUUACUAUUAUUCACAUUUAAAUUCAUGACAAAGCUUAACACACACACACAAACAGCUGCUGCAUUUCCAUAUUGUGCAAAAAAAAAAAGGUUUAAAAAAAGUCAUAUAUCUGUGGCAUUCAGACUCGUCUACCGUGAAACAAACCACGAAGACUUGGUUUUCAGUGAGCCCUGCUUGUUUGUGCAUGUGUACCUUUUGAGUUCUCCUGUAUUGUAAUAGCUGAAGAAAACUGACUUAACAUUAAAAUGCUACUUUAAA